GUGCCUCUCCUGCCCCUUCACGACUCUCCAUUUCCCAGGAGGUUCACUCUGGCAGCAGCGUCCGGGUCUGGUCUGAUUACCUCAAUGUGCGCUUGCAUCCCAAGAGCAUCUAUGUCAUCCGUCAGUACAUGCACAAUUCGGAUUGUGAUUGUCUAGAAGCCUUUGGACAAGGCGAGCGUCUUCUGGAGGAUCCCGGCUGCCUUGAGGAGCUGGAAGAUCGGUUGCACUUCUAUGUUGAAGAGUGUGAUUAUCUGCAGGGAUUUCAAGUUCUCUGUGACUUACACAAUGGAUUCUCAGGAGUUGGUGCCAAGGUGACAGAACUGCUCCAUGAUGAGUAUUCGGGAAAAGGAAUCCUGACCUGGGGCUUGACUCCAGUCAUGAGUAAUGAGGGAGGAUCUCAGAAGAAUUUGUACAGACUGAUGAACAUAGCCCUGGGAAUUGUCCAUCUCUCCAGCCACAGCUCGCUCUUUUGCCCCCUGUCACUCAGCGGGAGUCUAGGAAUCAAGCCACAACCUCCUGUUACGUUUCCGUACAUAAACUACGAUGCAUCACUUAACUACCACAGUAGUGCAAUUUUGGCAGCAGUGCUUGAUACCCUGACGGCUCCUUACCGGCUCUGUUCCUCCCAGGGCUCGAUGAUGCACCUUGCUGACACACUCAACUUCUCUGGGAGAAAGGUUGUGGCUGCCUGGGCUUCCGUUCCCUUUCCUGCCCUACAUGGCUACUCGCUCCCCGAUACUUUAUGUGCCUACCAGCAGGACGUGCCCUGGAAGCUUCUGUCUUCGUGUAAAAAUAGGGAGCAAAAAGUCAGCUGCUGUUUUGCUCAGUCAGUUGUGCUACGAGGAAUUUGCAAAGAAAGUCACAUCAGCUGUCCAGGAAAGCAGCCCCCUUCUCCACUCCACACUUGUGAGAGCACUGAAGAGAUUCUGCAGUGUUAUUUACACACUGUGUUUCCUGGGGCAUUCAGCACAUCCCAUGUGCUGGAGCAGCCAUGUCAUACCCUACCUCCAUACCCCCAGUUUUUUUCUCCUCUUCUAACCAGACAAGGCUUCCUCCUGGACAAACCUCCCAGCUACUCCUCAGCAGCUGUUGAAAGCAUCCCUGUCCUGGCAGCCUUGCAGUCUUCACCAAUUCUGCACAGGCUCCUCUACAGCUUGUACAAGGAUCUACAGAAGAUGAACACGCGGCGGUGGGCCAGCUUCUUCUCCAAUGGAGUUGAACAGGAUGAUUUCCAGGAGGCCUUACAGGAGCUCAGAACUCUGUCCCAGUGCUACGAAACGGGGUUUGAAGCAGAUGAAUCUGAAGAUGAAACAGAUUCAGACUAA